CACAAGGGAGAAAGGGUGGGAAUAGAAUGUAAAUUUUAUAGUAGAGAAGAUUUACAUUUUGCUCUUUCUCACUAUUCAUUUGCCAUUAACAAAGGUUAUCUAGCAACUUUAAUUUUAGUUUGGGGGGCUAACACGGGUCUUGCAAAAGAAGUUUCCUCUUGCAGCACUUGCUUUAAAAAAAAAAAAAGCCUUUUGGCCACCUUCCCAGGAGGUGGUGAAUUAAGCUGCGCAGGCGCCUUGCUUCCCCCUCCAUCGGCCUCUUAGAUUGGCCUACGAUUGAUUACAUCAUUGGUCCGCGCAGCCCUAGCAGGCUUCUGGGCCUGUAGCUGAGCCGAAGCUCUUCCUUUUGCGUAGCGGGGCGGGGCAUGACGGUGGCGGGAGGUGGGGGAAGAAAAAUUGUUCUACUACGCAUGCGCACCGGGGAUGGCGACAGGGCGUCUUUCUUUGCUUCUCUCCACAGCUCUUCCCAGCCGGGGGGCUGAGUGCCCUCCCCCUUCUCUCCCUGCCCCUCCCCUUUCUCCCCCCCCAGCGCCCAGCCGGGCUUCUAACUGACAGUUGUCGCCGGGCCCCGUCCGCGCACCGCCUCCUUCUGCCCGUGUCCCCCGCAGGUAGAGGGGGCCGGGAGGGGGUGUGAGGGAGAGGAGGAGCCGGAGCCGCCGCUGCGGCCCCCUCUGGGGAGGGGAGAGGAGAGCCCCCUUCUUCCUCGCCCCCUCCCAGCCCCCCGCUGGCCCGGGAGGGGGUGGGGCGCCGAGGCCGCGGCGACCCGGCGGGGCCUGGCCGGUGAAGAGCAGGCGGGCGGGGAGCGGAGGGGUGAGACCGGCGAGGGCCGUGCGCGCGCCGCCGCCGGGGGGAGGGGAGAGGAGGGCACCUAGGCUCUCCUCUUCUCUCCCCCCUCCCCGCGCGCCAUGUAACCCCGCCCCGCCGGCGGUGAGCUCGAGACCCCCGCGCGCACCGAGCCGAGCCGGCGGCUGAGGAGAGCCAGGCCCGAUGUGGCAGGGGCUACGCGCCGCGGCCGAGCUGUGAGGAAGCGGCUCGCGUUCACGCGUCCCCCAGCAUCUCGAGCGGCUGUUCCACACCGCCCAGCCUAGGCCUGCCGGGGCAUGAGCGUGCCCGGGACGCCGGGAGCGAUGGAGCCGGCCGGGGAGGAAGAGCGGCCGCCACCGGCGGCCGAAGGAGAGGACGACGAGGAGGAGGUGGCAGCGGUGGCCCCGGCCUCAGGGCCGGCCCACGGAAGGAGUGCCUCCUCGCUGGAGGACGCGGACGAUCAGGAGGAAGAGAUGGAGGCGAUGGUGAUCGGAGGCGGUGGCUGCAAGGAGCAGGAGCUGACCUAUGAGCUACAGCAGGGCUACCGCAUCCUGGGCGAAUUCCUGCAGGAGAAGCACCGGGGCCUCACCGCCCCUUUUCUGCAGCCCUUGGGGGGCGUUGCCACCGCGGAGGAGGAGGUGGCGGAAGGGCCGCACAGCGGGGGCCGGGGCGGUCGCGCCUUCCCGCAGCAGCCUGGGCAGGGCAUAUGUCUGCUGAAGAUGGAGGAGAAGUUCGCCAGCGGCCAGUACGGGGGCAUCACCGAGUUCGUGGCGGACUUCAGGUUGAUGCUGGAGACGUGCUACCGCCUGCACGGAGUGGACCACUGGAUCUCCAAACAGGGCCAGAAGCUGGAGAUGAUGCUGGAGCAGAAGUUAGCGCUUCUCUCUCGGCACUUGAGAGAAAAGACAACGAUAGCAGUUACAUCUAGAGGCUAUUAUGGAUUGGAGGAUGAGAAGGGAACUGCAUGUACCUCAACAAGGCGUCGGUCAACACCGCGAAGUUUGGCAGGCUUGACAAGUGGAGUUUUUGAAUCUAUAAUGGUUCAAGUUUUGAGACAGGAAGAACAGCUGAGAGCAAAAGAAGAAAAAAGGCUUCGGGAGCAGGAAAGAAAAGAAGCAGAAGAAGCUAGUCAAAAGGAAAUAGAAGAAUGGGAAAGAAAACUUCUAGCUCAAGCAGCUCCAACUUGUAUGGAGACCAUGUGGGAAAUUCCAGCUAUUGGGCAUUUCCUUUGUUUAGCUCAACAAAUUCUAAAUUUGCCAGAAAUAGUCUUUUACGAAUUGGAACGUUGUCUUCUGAUGCCUCAGUGUAAUGCUUUUCUAUCGAAAAUAAUGACUUCUCUAUUAAGUCCUCCCCAUCGCAGACCUACCUUACAUCGAAGACCUACUUUGCCUUAUAGGACCUGGGAAGCAGCACUGAGGCAGAAAGUACAACAGUGGUACACUGCUGUAGGGCAGACUGAAAAUCCUGAUAACUGUGCUGAAAAACUGGGGUUGUGUCCUCAGUUUUUUAAAGUUCUUGGAGAAGUUAAUCCAUUGGAAGAAAAACCUUUUCAUGAACUACCUUUUUACCAAAAAGUAUGGCUGCUUAAGGGUCUUUGUGACUUUGUAUAUGAAACACAAAAGGAAGUUCAAGAUGCUGUACUUGGACAGCCUAUCCAUGAAUGCAGGGAAGUUAUUCUUGGUUAUGAUUAUUUGGAGAAUGCUUAUGUACAUUUUCCACAGUUCUGUGGUGCAGAUGUACGGAUUUAUAAACAGAGACCCUUUCAGGCCCCAGAAUUUCCAACUCCACCCAUUAAAAUACAAAGAGUACCUCGGAUUAAAUUGGAGAAAUUGAAGUGUGACUAUGUUAGUACAAGUAAUGGAGAACAUAGAUGUAGUAGAGACAGCCUGCCCUCUUCCUUCAAGAAAGAGCAGGAAAAUAAUUUUGAUCCAGCUUGCUGUCCUGCUAAAAUGAUCUUGGAUAAUCAUGACAUCUCUGUUGAAAUGGAAGUAAAAUCCAGCUAUGAAAUUAGAAUUCGCAGGCCUUGUGAAAUUAAAAAAACUGAUUGUUGUAAAGAAAAUUUAGAGAAACCUGGGAGUCCAGGGGAAGUUACUGGCUUUGGAGAGCCUCUCAGUCCAGGUGAAAUAAGGUUUAUAGAAAAUCAGGAAAAAUACGGUGAAGCUUCCAGAAUAAAGAUUGAACCCAGUCCAUUAAAAGAAAAUACUCUAAAAUCUUGCCAAAUACAUGUAAAUGGAAGUCACAGUGAUCAUCCAGAAAUUAACUGCCACAAAGUUGUAAGGGAUAUUCUAUUAGAGCAGUCACUACAGAGCCACAAGAAUCUCAAAGGAACUAAAAUGAGGGCAAAAAAGAAGAAAAAGAAAAAAAAGAAAUUGAAAGAUGUUUUGAAUGAAAACUUACAGAGAAAGCGUGAAGGUCUUCAUUGUCUUGCAUUCAAGUCUUACAAACCUGAGAUCCAGAAUAAGUUAUUGAUCAUCAAAAAAAAAGCAAAACACAAGAAGCACAAAUCUGGAAAAAAAUCCGUCUCUAAAAAAGCAAUCACAAAGAAGAGGAAAACUGUCACAAAGUCACCUACUGUACCAGAGUUUCAGCUUAUUUGCACUAAUCUUGAUGAACUCAGGGAAUUAAUCACAAAAAUCGAGAAUGAACUCAAAGAUCUGGAAAACAGUAGAAAAAAAUCGGGAAAAUGGUAUCAUCGGAGGCAAGCUGUAAAAGAAUUACAUAGUACAUUGAUACGUCUUUUAAAUGAAUUGCUGCCAUGGGAACCAAAGUUAAUGAAGGCUUUCCAAAGAAACAGGAGCCGCCUAAAGAAAGACUAUGAUGAUUUCAGAAGACAACCUGAUCAUGAUAAAUUUACUAGAGAACUAUGGACUACUGAUGAAGGUGAAGGAGAUCUUGGAAAAGACUCUCCUAAGGGAGAAAUCAGCAAGUCUACAGACUCAGCAGAACCUCUGGAUAUCCUGGAGAAAGAUCGCUUUGAUUCAGAUGAUAUGAAGUUGUCAGAAAUAGAUUUUCCUGUGGCUAGAAGCAAGCUGUUGAAAAAGGAAUUGCCUUCAAAAGACUUACCGAAGACACUGCUUAAAACACUUAAACGACAGUCCAAACAAACUGGUUAUGUGGAUGACAGCACAAAAGAGCUUUCUCCAAGGAAGAAGGCAAAGUUAAGCACAAAUGAGACAACAGUUGAGAAUCUAGAAAGUGAUGUGCAGAUUGACUGUUUCAGUGAAUCAAAGCAUACAGAGCCAUCAUUUCCAGAGUCAUUUGCAUUGGAUUCAGUACCAGUGACUACUCUCCAGAAAGGGACCAAACCCAUUCAGGCUUUGCUUGCAAAGAAUAUUGGGAACAAAGUGACCUUAACAAAUCAACUGCCUCCUUCCACAGGUAGAAAUGCUCCUGCUAUGGAAAAACCAGUUUUAUCUCCUCCAGAAGCAAGCCCGAUAAAGCCAGCAUUGACCUGCCACACCAACACAAAAGGUCCUUUACAAAUGGUAUACAAAAUGCCCUGUGGCCAGUGGUUGCCAAUAGAUCUUCAAAAUAGCUCUGUAAAGAUUCAGAUGCAGCCUGUGGUGGAUCCUAAAACAGGAGAAAAAAUCAUGCAGCAAGUUCUUAUUCUGCCUAAGAAUUUUGUGAUUCAACAUAAAGAAGGAAAAGCAGUUGCAAAAGAAAUGCCACCACUUCAACAGAAAGGUACAGAACAACAUUGUUCAUCUUUCCCACAGACAACAAAUAUAAAUUCUUCUUUAGCAUCAGUUUUUGUCAACUCACCAGGACGUGUUUCUACCCAACUACCAAAUACAGUUUUCAACAAAACAAUUACACCUUUAUCAAAUAUAAGUAGUGCUAGACCACAGCCUUUGUCGCCUGUAACCUCCGUAAGUAGAUUAACACCAUCAGUUAAGACUAGCCAGAGUGAGGCAGGAAAAGCCAAGAAUGCAGUUUCAGCAGCCACAUUCUCCUUGCCCAGUGCUUCACCCACCAUUUCCUCCACAGGUCAGCCUCUGUUAUCAACAACAACACUAAAUGGGUCUAUAAAUCCUGGUAGUUCCUUCAACUGUUUUGCACAACAGACUUCUGAUUCUUCUGAAGCAAAGCAAGAGCUGAAAACUGUGUGCAUAAGAGAUUCACAGUCAAUUCUUGUUAGGACACGAGGUGGGAACACUGGAGUUGUAAAAGUACAGACCAACCUAGAUCAAAAUUCACCCAAUACUGUAUCUUCAAGUUCAGUUUUCACUUUUGCUCCUCAGCUUCAGGCAUUUCUGGUGCCAAAAUCAACAACUACUUCCUCUGCUUUUUCGCCUGUAGCUGGAACAACUACUACAUCUAGUCUUUCACCUUUUAGCCAGACACCGACUUCUGUUUCCAUUCCAGCUGGCUUUGCUCCAUCCAUGGGGAAUAAUCUCAAACUUACAUUAGGCCACCCCACUAGCAGUGGUGAUUUGGGCCACAUGAUAGAUAAAACUUCACACAUGCCCUCUUCUCCCUUGAAGUCCUCUGUUUGUUCUAGUACUCUACUACCAUCAACAACAAGUAGUUCAGUAAGUGUAAUUAGUAUAUCAGCAGCAAAUUUUGGACAAAACAAUGCAAAUAUUAUUCAUACUCCAACUAAACAGCAACAAGUAGAUUAUAUCACAAAAAGUUACCCUGUUACAAGGUCAGAAGCAACAGCAACAACAAAUGGAGAUGUAAUCAGUGGGACUCCAGUUCAGAAACUUAGGCUGGUAUCAGCUCCAUCUGUUCUUUCUUCUGGCAAUGGAACUGCAAUUAAUAUGACACCUGCACUGACAUCUCCAGGUGUUUCUGCCCAGAAAUUAGUUUUUAUUAAUGCCCCAGUUCCCAGUGGUACAUCAACCCCAACUCUUGUUGCAGAAUCGUUAAAACAAACUCUUCCUCCUCCAUUGAAUAAAGCAUAUGUUAAGACUCCAGAGCAACCCCAAAUAGUACUGAUUCCAUCUACAGUGGGCACACCAAUAAAAAUAAGUUCAUCACCAGCUGUGUCUCAGAUAAAAGAUGUGAAAAUUGGACUAAACAUAGGUCAAGCAAUUGUAAAUACUUCAGGCACUGUGCCAGCUAUACCAUCAAUUAACAUUUUACAAAAUGUAACUCCAAAAGGAGAAGACAAAAGUAGCAAGGGCUAUGUUUUGCCAUUGUCAACAAGUGGUAAUUCAGUUCCAGUAAGCUCAAAUUUUGUGAGUCAGAAUAUUACCCCUGUUAAUGAAUCAGUGGUUUCUGCAGCAAGAGCAGUAAACAUGCUUUCAGUUACCGGAGCAAAUUUAUCUUUGGGUUCCCUUUCAGUGACCUCAGCCUCUGCUUCAGGUGGGGCACGACCUCCUGUUUUAGUCAGUGGAAAUGAUACCUCUUCAAGAAUUAUGCCUAUUUUGUCAAAUAGACUUUGCUCAUCAAGUCUCGGAAACACUGUGGCUAUAUCAACUGUGAAAACAGGACACCUUGCAUCGUCUGUUCUGAUUUCAACUACACAACCAGUAGUGUCUCCUAAAUGUUUAACAUCAGCUUUGCAAAUUCCUGUUACGGUUGCCUUACCUACACCUGCGACUACAUCCCCUAAAAUAAUAAACACAGUUCCACAUUCGGCAGCAGUACCAGGAGCCACACGUUCUGUAUCUCUUUCUAAAAGACAGUCUCGGAAUUCACUCCAGUUUCAGUCACCAGGGAUUUCAACUACAGUGCCAACAAAUUUAAACACAAAUAAACCUCAAACUGAAUUGUCGUCCCUUUCACCAAGUCCAGGUAAAAUAAUUAAUAUUUCCAAUUUUGCUUCUCUGCCAAAUCAGCAAGCUUUAGUAAAAACCCCCAGUUACAGUUCUGCUCCAGGUGUCGCUACCAUUCACACGGCUUCGGCACCAUCCAAUGUAACUAGUCUAGUCGGGAGUCAGUUCAGUGAACCUUGUAUUCAGCAAAAAAUAGUCAUCAAUACCAAUACACCUUUGGCACCUGGUACUCAGAUUAUGAUUAACGGAACCCGGUUUAUUGUUCCACCACAAGGUCUUGGAGCUGGCAGCCAUGUUCUCCUUAUAUCUACUAAUCCAAAAUAUGGAGCCCCCUUAGUUCUUAACAGUGGCCAAGGCAUUCAGUCUACACCAAUAGAUAACUCUGCCCAGAAGAUCACACUAGCAUCAAAUAAUUCUUUAAGUGGGCAACCUCUACAACAUCCUCUAAGAAGCCCUACAAAAUUUAUAAACUCUUUUGGGAAUGCAAGUUCUAUACCCACAGUACAUACAUCACCACAACUCAUAAACACAACUGCUAAAGUUCCUGUUCCACCUCCUGUACCAACAGUAUCACUGACUUCAGUAAUUAAGUCUCCAGCUACUCUCUUGGCUAAGACAUCUUUGGUUUCUGCCAUUUGCCCCAGUAAUCCUCCACUGCCAACUAGCACUUCAGUGUUUCAUUUGGACACACCUGUCAAAAAAUUGUUGGUUAGCCCAGAAGGAGCCAUUUUGAAUACCAUAAAUACUCCAGCAUCUAAGGUUUCUUCACUCUCUCCAUCUCUCUCUCAAAUUGUUGUAUCUGCCAGUCGAAAUCCUGCGUCUGUCUUCCCUGCUUUUCAGUCAUCGGGCUUAGAGAAGCCUGACAGAGCUGCAUCUUGAAUUUAGACUAAAAGAGCCAGUUUUUAAAUAAUGGGGCAUUGUUUUGACUCCCAUAAAAAUUUUAAAUGUUUAUUAUACUGUUGAAAGCAUACUAUACAUAGUUUUGUGUGUGUGUGUGUGUGUGUGUGUUUUAAUGUAUCUUUUCAUUAGCUUGCAACAAGGCUUUGUUUUCUUGGGGAGGGAAAAAUCUGUUCCAUUUCACUUACUGUUCUGAGGAGGGUUUCAAGGUUCUGUGUUUAAAGUCAGGAUUUACCUGUCUGUAGAACAUAAAGUGAACAAAGUGAAUAGUUUAGAGUAAGCUAGCCUUUUGCACAUUUUCAUUGACAUGUUUCUUCUUGAAUUUGGACUGUUGCAGCAUAUCUAUGAUAUGGUAUUCAGUGUCAUUAGUGAAAUCUUAUUUUUGUUUCUGUAAAAAAAUAUAUAUAUAUAUAUUUAUGCAUUGUGCAAAAUGCAGUCCAUGAUGUAAAAUUGUACAUAUUCCAGAAUCCCUAACAGCCUGUACUAAAUAUAUGUACAAAGAACUAUGCUGUCUUAUUUAUGUUUUGUUUACAUAAUGUAUAGUUUUUUAAGUAUUUUAGUAAUUUUGGACCAGUGAACUGUUAGCAACAAUGCAGAAGAAUCUGCAUGUAAUAAACUGAGUUGCUGUAUUUCUUUGUUUGAA